AAAUAACAUAUUCAGUUGUUUCUCUUUCUUUCUAUCAAGACCGCCCCGUUACCAAUGGCUCCAGAAGCUCAGCCAACAGAGACCAGCAUAAACCCUAACCCUUCUCAACAAGAGGCUCCACAACCGCCUCACACGACGGAGGACGUUCCGUACCGGUCAUCAACCUCCAAACGUCCUCGGGAGGAGGAUGCCGCCGAGGCUGGCACAUCCGCUGCCGUCACGCGGCCGCUGAAAAAGCGCGUGAAGGCAUCCCUUGAUAUUGUGUACCGCAUCAUCGUCCCGUCGAAGCAGAUCGGGAAGGUUAUCGGUAAAGAGGGGCAUCGAAUCCAGAAGAUCCGAGAAGAGACCAAGGCGACCAUUAAGAUUGCCGACUCCAUUUCUAGACAUGAAGAAAGAGUUAUCAUAAUCAGUUCAAAGGAUAAUGACAACACAUUCUGUGAUGCAGAGAAUGCCCUUCAUCAAAUUGUGACAUUAAUUCUAAAGGAUGACAAUGACAACUUUGAAGCAAUGAAAGCUGGUGCUGGACAGUUUCCAGAACAUGUAGUAAGGUUUUUGGUUACUAGUCCUCAAGCAGGUGGUGUUAUUGGUGUGUCUGGUCAAAAUAUUGAGAAUUUGAGGAUUUCUUCCGGUGCCACGGUUAAUGUUCUAGCUCAAAACCAAUUGCCACUUUGUGCAUCUGCCCAUGAGUCUGAUCGUGUGGUACAAGUUUCUGGUGAUAUUCCCGCAAUCCUCAGAGCAGUAGUGGAGAUUGGUUGUCAGCUGAGGGAUAACCCACCUAAACAAGUAAUCUCCAUCAACCCAACAUAUAAUCUUGGCUUUAAUCGUUCUCUUCAUCAAUAUGUGGAUCCAUCAUCAGCUGAAUAUGUGAAUGCAACAAUGUUGAUUCCGGAGACCUUAGCUGGUGGCCUGAUUGGGAGGAGCGGCUCCAACAUUUCAAGGAUCCGCACUGAAUCAGGAGCAACAAUUAAGGUUCAUGGUGGGAAAGGGGAACAGAAUCACAGACAAAUCCAUCUUGGUGGUAGUGCACAACAGGUUGCACUGGCAAAGCAAAGGAUUGAUGAAUACGUAUAUUCCCAGUUGUUGUUGCAAAGUGGCAGCCAGCCGCUUCAAGAAACAAUGCAGCUACAGCAAUCGUUACAGUUGCAACAGACUAUGCAGCUACAACCGCCAAUAUCCAAUGCAUCUGCCACUAUGUUGCAAGGAUAUAGUCAAGGUCAUGGACUAUAUGUUAACAGUACUCAGGCGGGUGCGGUGAUGGCAUCACAUCCACAAGCCUACUCCUCGUCAUCGGCAGCCAAUCAAGCAUCAGCUUACUAUGGGCAAUCAUACUAUUCGGCCCCUCCCAUCUAAAAGAUACUAUGAAUGAAUGUAUAAAUAGUCAAUCAUCUGCUCUACUCAAAGUUGCCUUGCAAUGUUCUUAUUUGUGUAUUUUAGUUUUAUUGAUGCUCUUUUUUUAUAAUCAUAUUGGCAAAAUGUCCCUUAAGUGCCCCCCUUUUGCCUGGUUGAACUGUUAUUUAUGAUCUAAGCUAUCUUCAACUUCUUUAAAACAGUUUGAUGAUUCAAUUGGUAUUAAUAUUUUACCCUUCAACUAGCUUGACUUUGGUUCUUAGGGGGGAUGGUAUGGUUGAAGUAAAACCAGUUUGUACAAAAAAAUGGCUUAUGUUGUU